UGUCAGUAGGGCGGAGCUCCGCGCUUCUCUCCUCCCCUCCGUGUGUCCGUGGCCGGCCGGAUGGCUGUCCUACUCCAGGCCGGGGCUCUGGCCGAGUCUCCGCGGCUUGUGUGUUCCCGUUCCCCGGUGACCGGUGCAGACAAUGUGCUUAUGGCAGCAAGCAUGGAUAAUUGGAAAUGAGCUGCAAUGGAAACUCCUUCAUCAGAGUAAAUAGUGAAUCUUCAUCUGAAAUCAAAAUGAGUGAUGUUCAAGCAACAGUGGAGUUUUCAGUGGAGCUCCAGAAGUUUUACAAUGUGGAUCUAUUUCAGAGAGGAUUUUACCAGCUCCGAACAUCUAUGAAAAUUCCACCACGAAUUCCAAACAGAAUAGAAGCAAGUCUCCUGCGUGUCACAGGUGAUGACUUGGCCUUUCCAGCGUCGGUGCAAGAUACGGUUAUCUGCAGUAAAAUUUUCCAAAUUCUGUACAAAAAUGAGGAGGUAGCAGUCAAUGAUGUGAUGAACUUCAAAGUUAAGAUGCUUCUGGAUGAAAGAAAGAUUGAGGAGACCUUGAAUGAACUAGUGUUUCAACUUUCCGUUGACCUGUACUUUACAGACACAGAUUAUUCACCAAAUGACCCGAACGCCUUGCAGCUAAUUAGUAGUCGAAAUUUGAAGUUGCACUAUAACCUCCAUAGAGGCCUUCAUCACCACAUCAAUUUAAUGUUCGAUUAUUUCCACCUCUCUGUCAUAUCGAUCGUGGUACACGGUUCCUUGGUCGCCUUGCAUCAGCCACUCAUCAGCUUUCACCGUGCAAUGAAGAACACCUGGCUGAACAGAAAUGCCCCAGCGCAGAACAAGGAGUCAGCAAUCCCAACACUGGAAAGUGUAGUGUUCGGCAGCAACUACACAAAGCAGCUGUCUGCAGAUGGUAACAGCUUUGUGGUCCAAGAAUGUUUCCUCCAACAUGCCUACCACUUUCACUAUACACUCUGUGCCUGUUUGCUGUCGUCAUUUAAGGGGUUAUACAGCUAUUUCAUGACCGUAACCAAGGAGCUGCCCUCUUCUCUAAAACUGGAGUUGGCCAAGCCCCGCAUGCAGGUCCUUUAUGAACGUCUUCUCAGAAGAAAAUAUCCGUGGCCCACAAGAGACGACGCUCCGGAAAAAAUUGAUGUAGAUGCCCGCCUCGCAGAACUGUGUGAAGAUGUUAAGAAAAUCGAUAAUCCUGAUGAACUGGCAGAACUGAUCAACAUGAACCUUGCGCAGCUUUGUUCACUGCUGAUGGCACUUUGGGGACAGUUUCUUGAAGUCAUCAUUUUACAAGAUGAAAUCACAGGCAUUGUUGCACAGGAACAUCACACGCUAAGAGUACGUAGAUUUGCAGAAGCUUUCUUUUGCCUUGAGCAUCCUAGACAAGCAGCCCUGGCAUACCAAGAAUUACACGCCCAAAGUCACCUCCAAAUGUCAACAGCUAUAAAGAAUUCUACGUACUUCAGUUCUCUUCCACCGCUGCCAAUAGAGUGCUGUGAGCUGGAUGGAGACUUUAACUCUCUGCCUAUCAUUUUUGAAGAUAGGUAUUUAGAUUAUAUAACAGAAGAUUUAGAUGGACCAUGGCUAGGUGUCAAUAACCUGCAAAAAUCGGAUUCUAAUAAAAUGGAGAAGGGUGACAAUGAAGAUGGAUAUGUUUACGGUCUUGUCAGUCCAGAGCUAAGAGUCGCAGCUGAAGGUGUUUCUGCUCCCCAUUGGUGUCUAGAAGGUGAAAAGCAGCAAACUAAAUUGCUAAAGUCUAGAAAUGAAGAUGACCAUAAGUCAAAAGCUAAAGUAAAUAAGCUUAUGAGAACCAUGAAACCUGAAAAUCCCAAAAAGAUAGUUAAGCAGAAUUCUAAAGACUCUGUGGUUUUAGUCAGCUACAGAUGUUUAAAAGCCGCUACAGCUGAGGCUAUGUCUAAACCAUUUGAAGGCAGGCCUUCACAUUGCCAUAAGGAUGGAGUUUAUACUAGUCAAGGGGUUCCGCCAAGUGACGCCAAGUCGUCUGGGUUACACACAUGGCAAAAGGGACAUAACUCUCUGACUUCAAACACUGUCACAAACAAACCACUUUCUGUAAGUGGCGAGAGUUCCAAGGAAAACCAAAGUAGUACCUUGGAUUCUGUUCUAAUCCCUUUCUCCACUGUUUCAGGUACUCCCAACACACAGCAGUCAGGUACUGUGGUUACGCAAGUGGACAGUGUGCCUCAACAAGGGGAAAGGUACAGUGUUGGUCAGUCUACAAGAACAUCUGGAGUGAGGACAAUAGAGGUUAAACCAAGUACCAAGAACUCCUAUGAAGGUGAAAAAGUAACGGUUAUUAUUGGCUCCAAGUCAGAGGGAUCUAGAGAUGUUACUAUUAAGGAUGCAAUUCCAGGACAUGGGUUAUCUGCUUUGCUUGGUGGAGUAACACCAUUACCGGAGACAGAUCCGGUGUUUGAAAAAGAAGCGGUGGAUACAAAUCGAAAACUAUCUGGAAAUGGAGACUCGCUGUUUAAGGUAAAAAAUCAGCCACAUCUUCCCACAAAAGAGGUCCACAUUGUAGUGAGUGGGGAUACUAUAAAAUUACCUGAUCUUAGUAUCACCUGUGCAUCUUCAAGAUUCUCUGAUUCUGGGGUAGAAAGUGAACCCAGCUCUUUUGCAACACAUCCUAAUCCAGAAUGCUGUUUGGAGAAUGUGACAGAGCGUGACCCUGUUUCCAGCGAUAAAGGAUUUUCACAGUUAUUGCUAAAACCAGAAUCUAAUCUGAAAACCGCAGUUGAGAGCCAUUGUACAGAAAGCACCAGUGCCCUGAGUGAGAUCCAGUCGUCUUUGACAUCCAUUAAUUCCUUGCCUUCCGAUGAUGAUGAACCUUCACCAGAUGAAAGUUCAAAUAUUUCUGUUGUACCCGAGAGCCAGGUUAAAGAUAGUAAAACUGUCCUAGACUUGGUAACCAUUGACGUGCCAAAGUUUGAUCCUAAAAAAUCCAGCAUUCUUGCACAGCCUCAAUGUGUUGUGUUUUCAGAAAGUGAAAAGGUCCCAGUGCAUACCUCCCUUUCAAACAUCAGAGACUUUUUCCAGUUUGCUAUAUCUGAUGAGGAAACUCCCAAUGAAGUGAAGAGUAUUCCGGUCCCCCAACUGGGCUCUAUAGCCUCUUUUAGUGAACCUCAAAUUCCAGAGACUGUACUUCAUAGCUCCCAUAUUGCACUUGAUCCAGAAGUUAUUAUAGUGGGAGAAAAAUCUGUAGUUUCUGGUUCAGUUGUUAUUGAGGAAGAGGUUAUUCUAACGAAAGACAAGGAGGAGAACAUUGGCAUGGAACCAAAAGAAACUGAGCAUGACUUAUCUGAAGCUGCAAAUAGAAGUCCUUCUGCUGCUAUACUUUCUUCUACUAACAGCACCGACAUUGUGAAACAAGGUUUGGUUGAAAAUUAUUUUGGUUCUCAAAGUAGCACAGAUAUUUCUGACAUCAGCCCUGCAGAACUGUCAAAGCUGGAGUCAGCCGGACCCAUUCUGCAAGAUGAUGAUGAUGAGGAGGAGGAACAGGAUGAAGAAAUGAUUGAAAAUGGCUAUUAUGAGGAAACGGAUGGCCCACUAUACAAGGCAGAAGAUCCUGAAUGUGAAGUUAUCCAUGAUUCAGCAAAUGACAGAUGUUUAAGAUCUGAGCACAUUGGUUCUGAAUAUUUUAAGGAUGCCAUAACCAUGCCAGGAGUUUGCACAACUAGCUGUUUAUCAUUUUCCUAUACCUUAAAAGACUCCCCUUGUGGCACUGCAUUUACUCCAAGGAGUACACAUGAUACUAUUACAAAGCAGCCUGGUGGUGCGAUGCUUGAAUCAUCGACAUCUCUUGCUUGGUAUGAAAGUUCUCCUAAACCAUUGAUGCUAGCAUUCCUUCAGGCCAAAGAAGAUCUAAAGCAGCUGAGACUCCCGGGUUUUUUAUAUAGUGAUGUGCCUCAGUUGUCUUCCACAGUUCCAUACUUCAGUAUGGAGGAGGAGGACUGCUGUGAUGAAGGAAUCCAUCUAAUUGUCUGUGUUCAUGGACUAGAUGGUAAUAGCGCUGACCUCCGGUUAGUAAGAACAUACAUUGAACUUGGACUUCCUGGUGGGCGAAAAGAUUUCCUUAUGUCGGAGAGGAACCAGAAUGAUACUUUUGCUGACUUUGAUUCAAUGACAGAUCGUCUCCUAGAUGAAAUUAUCCAGUAUAUCCAGAUAUACAAUCUAGCUAUUUCAAGGAUCAGUUUUAUAGGUCACUCCUUAGGAAACCUUAUCAUACGGUCAGUUCUUUCAAGACCGAGAUUUAAAUGCUACCUUGGCAAGCUGCACACUUUCCUCUCUCUAUCUGGUCCACAUUUAGGUACCUUGUACAACAGUAGUGCUCUUGUAAAUACAGGUUUGUGGUUCAUGCAGAAGUGGAAAAAGUCAGGAUCACUUCUACAGCUAACUUGCAGAGAUCAUUCUGAUCCUCGGCAGACCUUCCUGUACAAGCUUAGCAAGAAACCAGGUCUGGAAUACUUCAGAAAUGUGGUCCUGGUCAGUUCCCUACAGGAUCGAUAUGUUCCCUACCACUCUGCUCGUAUUGAAAUGUGUAAAACUGCUCUUAAGGACAAACAAUCAGGACCGGUAUAUGCUGAAAUGAUCCAAAACAUCCUUUUACCUGUUCUUCAGAAUAAAGACUGCAAUCUCGUGCGUUACGACGUCCUUCACGCAUUACCGAACACGGCAAAUUCUCUGAUCGGACGAGCAGCCCACAUUGCGGUUCUUGACUCUGAAGUCUUUUUGGAGAAAUUCUUUCUGGUUGCUGGCCUCAGAUAUUUCCAGUAGAGAGAGGACAUUGCCAGACAUCAAUGUAAUACCUCAUUGACAAUAAAUCUCAAAGUAUGUGGUAAUAAAGUGUUAGCUGCCAUUGUAUUUUGAGCUGUAUUUAUAUGUUCUUGGGUUUUCUUUUUUCCUUUACUUUUUUCUUUUACUGGAAAAUAAUUUAUAUCAUCCAAUUUGUGAGUACAGAUACGUGUAGAUUUGUUAUUUAUAUUUAUGGAGAAACUUGGCACCUCCUCAGAUUCCUGGGAUUGAAUUCAUUUUUUUCAAUGUGGAUUAUAAUGAAAUUUGUAAAUCUUCUUAAGCCCUUGUUUUUAUGGAUUCUUCAUGCAGUUUAGUCUGCACCAUUAUGUUAGUGUACAGUCAUAUGAGUUAUAUGAGUUAGAAAGUUACUUGGCUAAAGACCCUGAGUCCUUGACAAGUCCUCUGACAAGAUAGGGGAGGUCAGCUGGCCUGACCACAUGAUAACACAUAAUGUUACACGUCACUUUCCACCUCCAGUCAUGUUAUACUGGCUCUAAAGGUUAUGGUCUUAAAUGAUUUCUUUCCUUGCAUUUCACAGAUGGAUUUUCUGUAAGUGAAACGUUCUGGUUAUGUUGCUUAUGUGAUACACCUGGUUGAUGAAGACCAUUUGUCUGUCCAACCAGUGGACAAUGCGGCGCUGUCAUUCAUGUACCAAAGUUACUUACAUGCUUGCUUAGUAAAUAAGGCUUUAAGGACUGCUAAUGGUGAACCUUGCAUGAUCCAUGAUACCAUUUACCCACAGAGCAUGCUCUACUGAACAUGACAAGGACAACAGGAGCUAAUUCUUACCUAUGAUGUUAGUAGACAAACAUUGCACUAACUCAAUUAUUAUUUUACAUCAGUGUUAGACUUGCUAGCAUCAUUUUUGUAUAUAUGUGUGUAUUGGAGAUAAGGCUUGGCAGCUGCCUCUGUUGCUUUUAUACCAUUGAAGUGAAAAAGAUUAAGUAAACUCUUGUAUUUUUCAUAUGGGGAAAAACUGCACGCCAUGAAAACUGUGUAUAAAAGCUACAUCCAUGGUAUUCAGUUGAAGCGCUAAGAACAAAGUUUUUCCAGUUUUUUUUGUAUAGUACUGCACUAUUACUAAACCUUUUUUCUUAUCCAUGCUAACACAGCUGGUUAGUGAGUUUACAGCAACCCACCCCCACCCAACUCUUGAAGGCCAUGUUCAUACUCUAUGUAGAAUACAAAAAUCUGCACUACAGUCAAUGCAUACAAAUGUCGUUGCUUGCUUUAACUUAUAAAAUCUUUGGCAUUCCUAAGGAUCCUUUUAGAUGGGCCAAUCACUGCCUAAGAAGAUGCAGCACUUAACUUAUGCCAUUGUCUGCCAUUCCCUGUUUACAUGGGACUAACAAUGAUUUUUGGUGCCGCACAAUCCCUGAGGCCAGCUGACGAAUAAGGGUUUCUCGUUCAUUGGCUGACUGCUGAGUCUUUAGCACGGCAAUAAUCUGCCUCUUCAGCUAAUAAUUGUCACUUGUAAAAGGCCCUUUGCUACAAAUUAUAGCUAUCGCAGUACAAAUGGUGAAAACAAGUAAAUACAGAUUUUCAAGCUACUGUAGCCGGCUAUAUACACUAAAGCUGUCAAAUUGUAUUAGAUUAAUGUCAGCCAAACCUGCCAAUUGCGCCAGGAUCGGAAGCCCAUUUACUGUGUCGCUUAGCCCCUCCACACUUCCAAGUUUUCAAGGAAGAGAAGGAUUAGACAUGUUGGAUUUCAGUUGCCCAAUACUUUUUUUCGAGUAGAUAAGCCCCCACUAGUGGUCUCUAGCUCUGUCUUCUUUCACAGUAAAAGUGCUCCAUAAAGGUAACCACGCAUGUAUAUGGGGGACUGAGAAUAGCUAUUGGCAGCUGUCCAAUAUAAAUGGCCAGCUUUAGUGUCUGUUGUAGUUAUAGCUGGGCAUCUUUAUGCAACGUAACAACAUGUAAACACCAGCUGUAUGUUGUAUUGGUGGUAUGAGACUAUAGAGGGUUAGAUGUUCCAUUUAAAGGUGUUCACUGAUCAUUGCAGUUAAAGUGAUGCAUUGGUGUGGCCAAAAUGUUGGGACCCAUCGCAUAGUGGAAACUGCUGUUACCAAACACGUAACAUUUGGGUCUCCAAAAUUUGAGCUUUGGGGCUAAAUUUCAGCGGCUUUUAUAGACUUGUUUUCCCAACUCUAGAAGUGCAUAUUGCUAGGAUUAUUUCUUCGCUCCAUGAUGUCAUCACCGCUUCUGACUGGGAUUAAGAUGAGAAUGAGAGUAUCCUGUGCAUUGUUUAUUAGUGGUUUGAGAUUUGGCAGCAACUGAGAGCAAUAGUAAUAUCCUGUCAAUCAUCAUAAAGGUAAUGUGGUGCUGCCAGCCUUCUCUGUAUCAUUCCCCAAGCUGCUAUACAAAGGGAGAUGUUAGACAGGGCCAUACAUUGCCAUUUUGAAGAUCAAUUGAUUAUUUCUCUUUUUUUUUUUCUAUUUACUACUGUCCAUUACAGUGCCUUGCAAAAGUAUUCAAACCCCCCUUCUUGACUUUUUUUCAUAUUUUGGUGCAUCACAAACUGGAAUUAACGUGGAUUGUUUGAGAAUUUUGAUCAUUUAAUUUAUAGAACAUACCCACAUCUUUGAAGUUGAUUUUUUUUAUUUAUUGUGAAGCAAACAACAAAUAGGACAAAAUAACAGAAAAAGUCAAUGAGGGACAUUUAUCAAUGUUUGCUUAUGUAUUCUUUUUUUUAGUAAUUUUUUCCUUACUUAUUUUUUUUGCUUAUGUGUGACUUAUUAACUGGUUUCAGCCUGUUGAUCAUUUUCUUUCACGUAAGCAAUUUUUCCUUUUUUACUUUGGUAGUAGCUUUUUCUGCUCCAUGUUUGAGCUGGAGUAAAUUUUUAACCCUGUUGCGACUUUUUUUUGCGCAGUUGCGACUGUCACAGUUAAUAAAUACCUGACUACCCGUAGUCCAUUUUAAAAUUAUUACUACGUAGUUAAUUUUUGGAAAACUUGCUUUUCUCGCUUUCCAGUCAAAAUGUCGCACGAAAAAGCGCGUAAUCGCAGUUGCAACAAUUUUGCGACAAUUAUAGUAAAGAAAACCUGACUAAACCCGUUGAUAAAUGUCCAUAAAUGUGCAUAACUAUUCACCCCCCCUAAAGUCAAAACUUUGUAGAGCCACCUUUUGCGGCAAUAACAGCUCCAAGUCGCUUUUGAUAAGUCUCCAUGAGCUUGCCACAUCUUAUCACUGGCAUUUUUGCCCGUUCCUCCUUGCGCUUGUGAACAGCAAUCUUUAAGUCUGACCACAGAUUUUCGAUUGGAUUGUUUCCCCUGAAAUCACUCAAGUGUUGUUUUAGCAGUGUGUUUGGGGUCACUGUCCUGCUGGAAGGUGAACCACCGUCCUUGCCUCAAAUCAUGCACAGAGUGGUACAGGUUGUGCUCAAGAAUAUCCCUGUAUUUAGCACCAUCCAUCUUUCCCUCAACUCUGACCAGUUUCCCAUUCCCGGCCUCUGAAAAACAUGAUUGUGUUUUUUGGGUCAUGUGUUGGGUUUGCACCAGACAUAGCGUUUUCUUUGAUGGCCGAAAAGUAAAAUUUUAGUCUCAUCAGACCAAAGCACCUUCCUCCAUAAAUUUUUUGAGUCUCCCACAUGCCUUUUCACAAACUCACAACGUGCCUUUUUGGUUUUUAGCUGAAAGUAAUGGCCAUUUUGCCAUAAAGCCCAACUCUAUGAAGCUUACGGCUUAUUGUCAUCCUAUGUACAGAUAAUCCAGUCUCUGCUGUGGAACUCUGCAGCUCCUCCAGGGUUACCUUAGGUCUCUGUGCUACCUCUCUGAUUAAUGCCCUCCUUGCCCGGUCCGUGAGUUUUGGUAGGCGGACGUCUCUUGGCAGGUUUUCUGUUGUUCCAUGUUCUUUCCAUUUGGUUAUGAUAGAUUUGAUGGUGCACCUGGGGAUUUUUUAUAACCUAACCCUGACUUCUCAACAACAUUGUCCCUUACUUGUUUGGAGAAUUUUAUGGGCUUCCUAACAAAGGGGUGAAUACAUACGCACAUGCCAAUUUCCUGUUUUCUAUUUCUAAAAGUUUUAUUUAUAUAUUUUUCUCAUUUCACUUCAACAACUUAGACUAUUGUGUUCUGAUCCAUCACAUAAAAUUCAGAUGAAAAAAAAACCAUUGAACUUAAGGCUGUAAUGUACCAAAAUAAGAAAAAAGUCAAGGGGGUAGAAUUAUUUAGCAAGGCACUGUAUGUGUGUUGUCCUCACCCAUCCACUUCACUUUGUGUUAUUUUACUUUAGAGAAUUGAACUUUAGUUGGUCUUUUUGGUACAUUUUGUCAAGUAUACUCCAUUUCAAGGCUGAGUACUGGUACUAAUGUAAAAUACAUAAUCUAACACAUCCAUAAUGUCAAUUGUAAUGGAAAAAUAACUUUUUGUAUCUGAAACUGGAAACCCUUGUUGCUGCAUUCUCAAUGAUCAGAAGAUAUCACUGUCACAUCCCUGUCCUGUAAGAUAGGUUACUCCUAUGUAGUUGUUGGGUAUAAAUGUUGCCUACUAAGGGUGAUGGCAGCUACUCUAUGGUGUACGUAGAUGACGUAUGAUCAGACUACAGCCAGAAUCCCAUGACCUGGAGGUCUUGAUAUUCAGCUCUCAAUAACUGCCUCCUGUCAGUAGUGUGUAGACAGCGCAUACACUUUACGGAAACGUCAGAAAUAGAGAUUGUUGCUUUUUAGUUUUUUUCUUGUCCUUGCUGCUUUGUCAAUCAUCAUCACGGUGAGACAGCCUAUACAAUUCAGAAGAUAGACCUUACUGCAAUACUUCUACAGGCUUGUCCAGAACCAGUUGUAUGAUUCCUGUGGCAUUGUAAAUACGGAGAAUGUGCCGAACUGUAAUAACUUGUUUGGUCAAUUGGAUAAGAUGUCUUUUUUUUCAUAUUGAAGAAUGUUUUUCGGUCUGUUGACUCACUAUUGGUGCUUAAUAGCAUUUGAGAACAAUAUUUUUCUGCUAGUGUUUUGGGAAUGAAUGCACUGAGGAUGGGAGCUGUGUACUUAUGAAUUGUUACUAUGGGACUUGUCUAAAUACUAAUGUGUAAAAUCCAUGCAUGUUUAGAAGUAUUGUUCUGUUCCCCAAUAUGGUUUUAAUGGCUACACUCAUUACUUCCCUAUAAACAGCUGUUUUUGGCCAUUUAUUUUAUGCUUUUUUUUUUUUUGACACUCACAAAACCGGAUAAAAAUAAUCAUUCAUAUACACUGACAACACUAAAAGUAGACUCACAAACGGCAUUUGCUGGCUUUUUUUUUUUUCUUGUGUAGUUUUUUUUUAUUUUUUUUCUUUGCCCAAAAAAACGCUGCGUUCACGUGGCAUAUAAGUUUAUAUUGAAACUUUUUACAAGAAUGGGUCCGUCUUUGAGGCAUUUUUUCUGGUGUUUUGUUGCAUUUUUUGGGUCCACACUUUUUUUUAGUUUAAAGCAGCAUGUUCUUGGGUAUUGUGUGUGUUUUCUUUUUUCAUAGCCUUCUCUAUAGGAUUUAAAAAAAAUAAAUAAAUAAAUAAA